GGGGCGGGUAGCGUGCAACGUUCGCAGUCUCCCGCACGCUCUCGCAGCGUCCCGACUUCUCAACAAGCCCGUUUCACGUGAUAUGCAGGAUAAAUCGAUAGCCUUCGCAUCGGCAUCCGCUUAUCCGGUGCGGGAUAAAUAUUCAUUUGUAUGUCGCGGAGUGCCCGGGGUGUUCCAUCGUAUGAAUGUGCGCGGAACGCUGCUGCCAGGGGAAAUCUCGGCGAGUUCGUUGAGGGUGCGUGAUCGUUGAAUUUUGGAUCGUGUAGCGUGCCUGCGCGUACAGGCGCGCGUGGAAUUCUUGCGGGGACAAAACGGCGAAGAUGAAGAGACAGAACGUCAGGACUUUGUCGCUGGUAGUGUGCACGUUCACGUACCUCCUCAUAGGCGCAGCGGUGUUUGACGCCCUCGAGUCGGACACCGAGAAGAGACGCUGGGAAUUUCUCUCGGAGAUCCGCCGUAAUAUGAUAAAGAAGUACAACAUCACACCGGAGGACUACAAGAUGGUCGAAAUCGUGAUAAUAGAGAAUAAGCCGCACAAAGCGGGUCCGCAGUGGAAAUUCGCGGGUGCCUUCUAUUUUGCCACUUUAGUAUUAGCCAUGAUCGGUUACGGGCAUUCCACUCCAGUGACCGUAGGUGGAAAAGCGUUCUGCAUGGCGUACGCAAUGGUGGGAAUCCCUUUAGGGCUGGUGAUGUUCCAGAGCAUCGGCGAGCGAUUGAAUAAAUUCGCGUCGGUCAUAAUCAAGAAAGCGAAGACGUAUCUCAGGUGUCAGAAGACUGAAGCUACAGAAAUGAAUCUCAUGUUGGCGACUGGUAUGCUGUCGAGCAUAAUCAUCACGACAGGCGCUGCAGUAUUUUCGAGAUACGAGGGUUGGAGUUACUUCGACAGCUUUUACUACUGUUUCGUGACGCUCACGACCAUAGGUUUCGGCGACUACGUCGCUCUUCAGAACGAUCAAGCGCUUUCCAACAAUCCUGGAUACGUGAUCCUAAGUUUGAUCUUCAUCUUGUUCGGCUUGGCCGUGGUCGCCGCUAGUAUUAAUUUGCUCGUGCUGCGUUUCAUGACGAGUGAGACUGUCAAAUCAGAUUCCCCAACUAGAGACGCUUGUGAUAUGCGUCGCGACGACGCUGAGUUGCAAUGUGCUUCGCACCACCUUCUUACCCUGGACGGCGAGCUCGUGGCGGUGAACGGAAGACUCGUGGCCAGCCACACACCGAUUGUGCAUGACACGGACGACUGCGUGAGCGUGUGCUCCUGUACGUGCCUUGGUCCGGCAAAUUCUGAGCUGCUGGAUCCCACGGGAUAUCAGGGCUACCGGCCAUCCUUGACCUCCGCCAGCCUCCGGGUGAAGCGUGCAUCCGUCUGAUGGAGGGAGUUUCGUCGUCGCAGUCUACGUCGUCGAUUCUUGAAGGCCGACAGCCGCGAAUUGCUCGGCAUCGAUGUAUAAGACCCGAUUCCCCGCACAAGACUCCCCGAAAGGGAAAAUACCGACGCGGUUGUGACAUGCCCGCGAAGAACCAGUAACUUCCGGUAAAGACUUCCCUUACCUCGUGGAAAGUAAAAUUAAUUCGACAACUCCGAUAGCAUGUAGUAUUUGAUAAACGGGACGUUGACUGUUGAUUGUUCUCCGACGAAUUAAAUAAGGCGAGGGAUACUUGAAUAACGUGUUCCUGCUGCAUUUCCCGACGUCGUGUCGAUAUAUACUCCCGAAGUUGAUGCGUUUUGAUAAUUAAUGUUGAUCGUCUCCGUAUUUGAAUAUACGGACGUUGUAUGUGUAAUCUGCGUGUUACAGUCGACUCAUCGGAUGACGACGAGUGACAUCGUAAUAACUGCUUUAGUAAACGUUGGUACGAAAUGUUGAUCAAUGCGUUCGGCUAUUCAUAUAGUGACUGUCGCAAGACCGCAAAAAAGUGAAAUAUUUCUAUUACGUCACAAGUGGCAUAUGCGAGUUCAUACGCGGAUUAUAUUGAUAGACACCUGCAUUUACAGGUAGUAGUAUUAUCAAUGUGUUAUAAGAUAGCGUAAUGUGUAUGUGAAGAUUGUUUGAUAAUCUAGAGGUUUUUAAAUUUAACCAAACUAACGUUAAACCUAAAUAUUUUCGUAAUUAUUAUAUUUGUUAUGUAUUUAAAAACGGUAUAUCAUGUUUUUUAAAUAUUUGUAAGUGUAGCUAUUGCAAAUUAUAUCUUAAUCCACGCACAAAGUAUUUUUCUAAGUUACUUUAUGCCACAAAAUAGAUUUGAGAACCUCUAGCAAGAGAAUGCAGUAUCGCAAGAAUUAUAUAUAUGAAUAUAACAUGAUAGAACAAUAUUCAGGCCUCAGUAGAAUAAUGUUAUAUACAUAUUUCCAUAUUUGUACCCGUAAACGUAAAGAAAUAUUGCCUCAAACAAUUUGACACGAUCACUUGCAUAAUCAGAUUGCAAAACAGAUUGUACAUGUGGAUGUAUCGCGACUUGUAUUUUUUUAAGAUGUUUAUAAAGUAAAAUAAAAUGCAGGAAUACCCAGGAAGACUGAUAGUUCAAAUUAAAUCCAAGUUUUCUUAUCGGAAAUCUUUGUUUUCUUGCUUAGUUAAAUCAAUUUUUUUUAAUUACAUUUUUACAUAAUGUCUUUGACUUUUUUGCAAAAAAGUGAAAUUAUAAUGAGAAAUAUACAAUAAGCGUGACAAUUUUUAUUAGAAACAAAUGUUGCAUUUUGAUGUUUAAUUUAUGUUUCACUUGUAAUAAAUCGCCUUAGAUGAGGUGCAAAAUGAGUGUAAUCAGAAUAUUUUAUGUUAAGUAGUAUUUUUUUGUUACAUGCCUCGCUAUGUAUUUUAUCUCAAAUACAAGAUGUGAUCGACAUGCGCACAAGUUGUUAUAACCUGAAGGUUUGUUCUGUGAAACAGUGUUCCAGUUAAACAAUAUGUACAAUAUCGUAAAAAUUUGAUCCUUUCCGGAACGUAAUACAUGCACAAUAUUUCACAAAAUUGAAAUAGACGCUCUAAACAACGCAAUAGAUAUAGUAGACACACCCCGUAUAUCUAUAUUUUUUAAUGUGAAUUUAUUUAUAACAAAUACAAAUGCGCCAUGUGUGUCAUAAUAAA